AUGAGAGCUGUGACCAUGCCUGCCUCCUGCUCCGCCUCGCUGCUCUGCCUGCUCCUCCUGCUGCUGUGCGGGCUGCAGGGAGGCUGGGUGCUGUCCAUCUGCCCGUCGGCGUGCUCCUGCAGCGGGGGGCACCGCGUGGUGGACUGCUCCUCGCGAGGCCUCACCAAGCUGCCGCCCGGCCUGCAGCACAACAUUCGCUUCCUCAACCUGUCUUUUAAUAGCUUGCAGGGCCUGGACAGCCAGCUCAGCCACUAUGCCCACCUGCGAACUCUGGAUCUGUCCUACAACCGCCUUGAAACGCUGCCUCCGGCGCUGCCGCGGUCCCUGUGGGACAUUCGAGCGGCGGGGAACCUUCUGCGCUCGCUGGAUAAGAACGACACGGCGUACCACUGGAACCUGAAAGUUCUGGAUUUGUCCAACAAUGAGCUGGAGAGAAUAGUGUUCAUCAACAACACGCUCCUGAGUCUCCAAACUCUCAACCUCAGUCACAACAGGUUUUGGACGGUUCCUACCAACAUGCCACACAACCUGGAAAAUGUCGACUUGUCUCAUAACUAUCUGGUUCAGAUCUUGCCCGGAUCUUUGGAUCGGUUGUCCAGACUGACUCGAUUUUAUCUGCAUGCAAAUCGCUUCUCUUGGUUGCCUGAGGGGGUCUUCAAGAAGCUGGUUGUGCUGGAGGUGAUAACCCUCGGAGAUAACCCGUGGGCGUGUGAAGAGGAGGACAAAAUGACGGAAAUCCUCAGGUGGGCUGAGCAAACCCGCGCCACGGUCUUAGGCUGCCCCUGUUACACCAGACCCAUCUGUGGGCAGACACAACUGACGGGGACGGGGUGGGAAUGGCACUCUGCGCUUUUCACGGAGCCUCCGCUGUGGGUGAACAGCAGAAGAGAAACUCUGUCUCCGGCAAGGACUGCAGAGGUCACGUCCAACUACCAGGUCAAAUCUGCGCUGUUUGAGACCGGGAUUUAUUCAGAUCGACGAGGCAUAAAUGACUCCGACGACCAGGCCAUGCUUACCUGGGCGUCUUCGACAAGUUCUGAAAGUUUCUCGACACGCACAAGCACAACGGCACGCCCGAAGUCUUCAACCAAAAAGCCCACAGUAGCUAACUCGAGGAAUAAAAGCUGCGGGCGCCUUGACGAGACUCUGAAUCUGACUAUUGCGGUCCUGGUGGCGGCACUGGCCUCCUUCUGA